CCCAUGGGGUCAGAGCGGGAGAGACAGAUGCAGGUGCACCAGGAAACCGCGGCCAGUGUCCUCCAAUCACAACACAGGAUGGGGAACAUGCCCACCAAUGCCUCCAAUGCCUGUUGUUUCUGCUGGUGUUGCUGCUGCAGCUGCUCCUGGUAGGUACCACUAUACUAUCCAUAGUAAGGGCCCGUGUCCCAAAUUGCACUCUAUUCCUUAUAUGGCACACUACUUUUGACUAGGGCCCAUAGGGUGCUAUUUGGGACUCAGACCAUACCUACUUUACUGACAUUCUAUACCAUGCUUAUACCAAAACUCUGCACUCCAGAGCAGCAGCGUCAUGCACCCCAAAAAUCUGAGGGGGCACAAAGUACGUGAGGAUGGCUGGGGAGUGGUCUGGAAUGGGGACUAGGCCCCCAGUCGGAAAGUUGGAGAAUUGUGCUUUUUUCAAACACCUGAAACUGUCUUUCCCGCAAUCAAGUUGUUUAUUUUGUUAAAGAAACUAAAUAUGCUUAUCUGCAUCUCUGCUCAAAUCUGGGUACAAUAUUGAAAGGAAUGUGAGUCCUAUUCAGUACAUUUAGUAAUUGCUUUUCUAAAGUCUACCAACCUUGCCAGCAGGCAUGCCAGCUAAUAUAGUUAGACAAGCUGGCUACUCUAGCUUGAUUGAUUGCCUGAAAUGGCUUCUUGGUAACUAGUUAUGAGGUUGGGAGAUUGGGAACCUAUCUGGCUAGCUAAAGCCAACUUCAUAAAAUUGCUAGGUGGCUAGUAGUAUUACAGAGAAACGACAAACAAAAAAUGAAACACAUUUUUAUUAUUUAUUUUAUAGGACAACUCUGAGGGGGCACGUGCCUCUGUGCCCCCUAUAGGCAUGACGCCUCUGCUCUGGAGCAACCUACAUACAGUGCAUUCGGAAAGUAUUCAGACCCCUUGACUUUUUUUGGAAAUUGUUUUUUUCUUGAAUAAAUCUACACACAAUACCCCUUAAUGACAAAGCAAAACCUGGUUUUGAUAAAUGUGUGCACAUUUAUAAAAUAAAAAAACUGAAAUAGCACAUUUACAUAAGUAUUCCGACCCUUUACUCAGUACUUUGUUGAAGCACCUUUGGCAGCGAUUACAGCCUCAAGUCCUCUUGGGUAUGACGCUACAAGCUUGCCACACCUGUAUUUGGGGAGUUUCUCCCAUUCUUCUCUGCUGAUCCUCUCAAGCUCUGGCAGGUUGGAUGGGGAGCUGCACAGCUAUUUUCAGGUCUCUCCAGAGCAGUUCGAUCGGGUUCAAGUCCGGGCUCUGGCUGGGCCACUCAAGGACAUUCAGAGACUUGUCCCGAAGCCACUCCUGCGUUGUCUUGGCUGUGUGCUUAGGGUCAUUGUCCUAUUGGAAGGUGAACCUUCGCCUCAGUCGGCGGUCCUGAGCGCUCUGGAGCAGGUUUUCAUCAAGGAUCUCUCUGUACUUUGCUCGGUCUGAAUGUUUUCCGAAUGCACUGUUUAUUAUACUCUGCACAGGACACAAAUAGAGGCAUAAAAACGGAGCAUCUGCCAGCUACACACAGUCUCUGUGAACAAAACCCACAGGGACAUUUAUGUUUUGGAGUUAUAGAUGUAUACAUAAGCAAGGAUUAUGCCUCUUCUUCUGACUGCUCUCUUAGGACAGCACUACCUGUUAUGUGCAGAAUAAGAGCAUGGAAAUUCACACCUCAGGGAGUGGGAAUAGUCCCUGUCUUCACAUCAACCUCAGUUAAGUUGUGCUAAUUGUCGCAGAGCUACAGUGUGUGGCCAGGGAGCACAGAUGUGGUGGAUUCUCACCUGCCUUUUAAUUAGGCUACAGGUGACUGCUAGACCAGGUGUUUAAAUUAACUACAGCACAUCUCUAAGGACUGGAUGACAGUAGUGUUUACGCAAGACCUCCAUGCAGAGCUCACGCAUCCGGGACAUGUGCACCUGCCACCACUGUUGUUCACAGUUUGGAACAAUCAACAUGAUUUCUAUCUGCUACCCACCACACCAAUUGACAAUAGCUGAAAACCCUACAUUGUACAUACAGUACAUUUUCUAUUUUGUUUUUUCACUGUUUUUCAGUCUGACUGUUAUGAAGGAGGAUGAGAGGAUUCAAAGAAGCAUCUAUGAGAGGAUAGAGGGAAUCGCAAACUGUGAUGACAGGUAACAACACUACACAGUGACUAUCCCCUAUAGGGUUAGCUACAUAGUAUAGGAUAAACAAGAAGAGGGAAUAUAGUUGAGACUGUUUAAUAGGAUCUCUAGACACAGAGAUCCUACUAAAUUACUUAUAUGUAAUGUAAUGUUUUGAGUUCUAUAUGUAAUUAUAUGGAGCUAGAGCUGAAACGUUGACAUUAAAUAUUCUCAACUCUGUCUAUUGUAUGAAAUAAAGAGCAUUGUCCCUCUUUUGAAGCCCCAAGCCUACUCUGGAGGAUGCGACAACGUGGACCAUGUCGUUUGAGAGGCUGAUGAAGAGCCCUGCAGGGCGGGGCUGCUUCCAACAGUUCCUGAGGACAGAGUUUAGUGAAGAGAACAUUAGGUUCUGGUUGGCCUGCGAGGAGCUCAAGAAGGAGACCAACAAAACGGUGGUGCAGGAGAAGGUACGACAGAUCUAUGAGGACUUCAUCUCCAUCCUCUCCCCUAAAGAGGUGAGCUUACACUGCUUUGGCCUUUCUUGAGACUGAAGUGGCCUAUAAUUGUGCAAAUUUAUAGCUGCCAGCCUAAAAUGUUUUCUCCAUAGAGUAUUCUUAUUAGUGUGACUUAGCAAGACCACUCUAGAUUCCACAUUCUUCUGACUUACUAUAGUUAUUCAUUAGACCACUACUGAUCUUAUUCAACUUCUAUGGUUGUUUAAUUACUUCUCCAGGUGAGUUUGGACUCACGUGUUCGAGACGUGAUCAACAAGAACAUGCUGGAGCCCACGUCCCACACGUUUGAGGACGCCCAGCAGCAGAUCUACACGCUGAUGCAGAGAGACUCAUACCCACGCUACAUGAACUCUACAGCGUAUGCAGAUCUGCUGCAGAACCUGGAAGAACCACCUCCUGCCACAGAGCCAUAG